AUGAUUCAAAAUGCACCAAAUGUUGAACAAGAAAAAGAACACUGCAGCGAUGAUGGCGUGCAUACAAGACCAAUAACAAGUCAAAAACAAAAUUCAGAAAUCAGUUUCCAGAAAGAAAUUGAAGUCGAUCACACAUCUACAAUUUCACAUAAUAAAACAAAAAAAAGACAUGCAUUGAAUAUUAAUCUUUCACAGUCAUUAAAGGAUUAUGGAACACGUAAAGUCCAAAGGGACCAACAAGCAAACUUUGACAUAACUCAAACCGAUUAUGAUAAACACAUUAUAAAUGAACCUGUUCUUUUAUCGAUAAACAAAACAUCGGGAAAUGAACAAGGCAUUCAACAGGACCACUCCCUGCCAGUAGCUGACCUGGUAGAACAAAAAACAGAAACUUAUCGGGUGGAUCAUGUAUUGCACGAUACCGAAGCGCUGAUGAACAGACUGAAACUGAAGAUGGUCAAUGAAGAGCUUGCCAAAGACCCAUUACCCGCGACACUACAAUGUUUAAGUGGAACAUUUUGUGAAAAGCAAAUCCAGCUAGAUAAUUAUUUUUUCGUGUUAAAAAGGGGCAGUGUAGGAUUAGAAAAACAUGAAAUGAAUAGCAUAUGGGAACAAAUCAACAAUUAUAUUGCACAUGUAGAAAACAUGUUCGGUGGUGUGGUGAAUUGUGAAAAAGAUGAGACUUUUGAUGACAAUCAAAACCACGCUUUUCGAAUAUCUGAUGCACAUGCUAGUUCUGCUCUACAAAACUUGCAAUACAUAUCUGAUCGCACAAAGUGUUUACUUAUAGUGGACUUGCAAUUAUUAACUGAUGAACCACUAGUUUACAGGACUUGUAUGGAUGAUGAAAAUUGCCAAACAUAUUUUCAGUUUGAUUGUAGACAGCCAUAUGCAGCAUAUUUUGAUAUUUCAUGUGAAGCUGUUAAAUUGACCUUCAAACAAACGAAUGCCAAUGAUACACUGAAUGCUGGUAUAAGUCAUUGUAAACAAAUGUCAAUUGAUAUUCAGGAUGAAUCAAAUAACAUUAGUCAGAAGGUUGCAGACAUUAAACAUAAAGAAGUUGCGCUGAUGAAAACACAAAAUGACAUAAGACAAUCAACUUUCAGUGCUGCACAACUGAGGUCAGGUGCUAACAUUGAUGUGAUAGGUUAUAAAUCAGCCAAAUUCCCCGAUGAGUCAAUGUUCAAACAACCUAAUAGUGUUCUCAGACUGAAUGAUGGUGGUGAAGAAGGUGUUAUACAUGAUAAAAAUAUGUCAAGGGAGAGUCAUAACCAAAGUCUCAUUCAAACACCUGAGAUCAAACACCUUACACAAGCAAAAAGGACUUUACUUGAAAACGACCCAAAACCUGCAAAUCUUCUGCAUUCAACUGAUUGUGCUGCAGAAAUACAAACGGAAGCCAUUGGUGUUGUUUUGGACGUUAAGUCAGAUAGUGUUGACAAUCAUGGGGUAGUCGAACAUUUUAGUCAGUCCAAAAGACAUAAUUAUGUUGGUGGCAAUGCUGUGCUGCAAAGACAACAACUGCGACUCUUUGAUCGAGAAGUAGAGAACUACUCAUACAUGAAGAACACAGUUUUAGAUGCGAUAGAGACAGGAAUAAAAAACUUUAUUCAAGUUGUGCAUGAAUAUAAGCAGUUCACAAGCUACAUAAAAAAAGAUAAGAAAGAACGAUUAUGGAAAUUUGUAUGGGAAACUCUACGUUUUUCUGCUGCUUGCCUCAAUGACAGAACAAACGGAACAAUACAUUUUGGUGUAGCAGACAACAAAUCUAAACAUUAUCAACAUGGACAAGUUCUUGGAGUGGAAGUAGGAGACAAAACGGAAUAUGAAGAAAUAUUAAAUGUUCACAUACAAAAAUGUUUCGAAACUUCUGAUUAUAGUGGUGCUGCACAAUUAUGCAUUAGACCACCCCAGUUUGUUCCUGUAUAUGCCAGAGACGAUUUAGAACGACGUUAUGUUAUUGAGGUGGAUAUUGUUCCAAACAUUACACACUGUGAAAAUAGAGCAUUUCUUAUUAAACUUCCGAAGCAACCUCAACCUUCACUUAAAAAAGUUGGUUUUGAAGAAUGUGCUUUAUUCAGGCGCAUUGGUUCAACCACAUGUAAGCAAGACAAAAGUGAUUUUCAUGUGUAUUGUCAGAUACACUUACGAAGCUUGGACAAAGGACGAAAAGAAGCUGAAUCACAAAAGGAAGAAUAUACCAUACCAUUUGAAAGGAGCAACCUUUAUCGUAAGCUUGAAUGGUUUUUGUGCACAGGACAAACAACUUUAGAUACAUCAUUUUAUCCAAUUCUUGUUGUUAACAGGUCUAACUUAACUAUACCAGAAAUGAAAUUCAUUCAUAUGAUUGAUUGGGUAGCUGUUUUUGACUUUGAUGCAGAAUCUGAACAUUCUGGAGUCUUUUCUGAAUAUUCUAAGCACAAAAUCGUAAACAUUCAAGAUCAGACAAUGUUUCUCAACAUGUCAGAUGUGAGUGGAUAUCGUGAUAAGAUAAGCUUUCCUGAAAAAACCUGUUGGAUAUUUUCCAAUGGCAGAACUACUUUUGAUCAGCUACCAUAUGAUAGACUGAAGUGGAAUAUGGAAAGGAGUAAAGGAGUCAAAGAAGCUAUUCACUUCUUUGCUAGUGAAGAAGUUAUUCCAAAAGGCCGAGGGAUAGUUGUUUUCCUCCUGCUUGAUCAUGAUAUUGGCACCCUAUUGGACACCUUUAGAGAAUUUGCUACAUAUUUCACAUUGGAUAGAAUUGUGUGUAUUGUGAGAGAAGAUUACAUAUUUCAAAGCUGGGCUUCUGAGAUUGGUGGAAAAAUCUGUCCACGUGGUCUCUUGGAAGAGCGAAGUGUAGUUGGUAUGCCAUGGGAUCAUGUGAAUGCUACAGUUCAGAAGAUAACAGGGAAUACAAGUAAUGACAAAUGUUGCAUACCCAGCUCUACAGGUGCUUGUAUUUCAUUAGGCGAGAGAGACAGAAAGCUUUACACUGACUUAGAAAUUCUGAGUUGUAAUGAAUGCUGCCAAGAUGGUUUGUCACUGAAGCAAAUGGAUGACUUCUUGAGAAAAAAAGAAAUGCAAUUUUAUCAGGGACACCAAGUUGACUGGUGGAAUUUCUGGGCCACAGACCAAGGAAAAAAUCAUGUUCUGAAGCGUGAUAAACACCAAGACUUGAAAGACAGACUUACCCAAGUCCUAUAUCCAACCUCUAAAUCAGGAGCUGGAGAAAAAGUUAUGACUGUUCUCCUAUACCACCAGCCAGGAGCUGGUGGGUCAACAAUGGCCAGACAUGUCCUAUGGGAAUUUAGACAGCAAUAUAGAUGUGUUGUGAUAAAACGUGCAACAUCCAACACAGCAAAUCAGUUAUUCAAACUAUGGUCAUUCAAAGAAGACAUCAAUUCAGAUUGCAACCCAAUUAUAGGAGUAGUUGAGGAUUUUGAUGAAGCAACUUUGAGAGAACUCCAUAUACAAGUUGAUGAAAUAUGUAUAAAAAAGGGAAUAGCUGUACGUGGUCAGAAACCAUUGUGUGUGUUGCUUCAUUGCAAACGGUUUCUUUCAGACCAUCCUAGUAAAUACACUCAAAGACCACUUGAGAGUGUUGCAUUGGAACAGGUAUUGUCUGAAGAUGAACGAGCAUGGUUUGUUAACAAAUUAGAACAGCUAAACGAAAAAGCUCAAGAGUUUGAAGAAAUAAAUCCCCGUCACUUGAUUUCAUUCAUGAUUUUAAAAGAAAACUUCAAUCAGGGAUAUGUAGAAAAAGUUGUAACUGGAAUUUUGGAAAAGAUACCGUCAAGUAGUCCAGAAACACUAUUAUUGAAGUACAUUGCACUGUUAAACACAUACGUCCCAAAGUCUUCUGUGCCAAUUUCAUGUUGUGAUUCUCUGAUGGGAAUUGGAUAUAUGAAAAUAGAAAAACGAAAGCGAGGAUAUCAAUAUAUAGAAUUUGUAUUGAGUCCUUCCACUAAGUUACUCCUUCUUGAAAUGCAGAAUGUAGAGCUAGGAAGCAUCAAAGCAUUCAAAAUAGUCCAUUCUUUAGUUGCAUCUACAAUUCUGAGACAGUUGCAACUACGAGAAAAGCAACGUAUUGGACAAGUGGCUAUUGAAUUCUUAAAAUCGAAAUUAUUUCAAACAUCUUCAUAUGGCAAAGAACACCUUUCACUUACAACAUCAGAAAUGCUGAAGAGACGUAAAAAGCAUGAAUAUGGUGAUGAAUAUGAAACCAAAUUUUCUCCACUGAUAAUGGAUAUUUUAAAAUGUCCUAAAAAGUUAGUUGGUGUUGAAGAUGAUGCUCAUGAUGGUGGUGAUGAUGCCAUGAUAACACAACAAGUUGCUCGUAUGUAUCUUUAUAGAAAAAAAUUUGAACAUGCAGAAACAUUUGCGAAAAAGGCUGUUGAGAUGAAAAGAGGCAAUUCAUACUUAUUGGAUACCCUUGGAGAAGUAUAUAAAGAACAGAUGAAUAGUGAAUACCUGCAGGUUAAAGUCAAACAGUUGGCUAUAACUCCCAAAGAAGCAUUGAAUGCAGUUAAACUAGCAUUCAAGGCGAUGAGCGUAUCUCGUGAAUCACAAGAAGCCAGUACUAAAGAAAAACAUGCUCAGAAUAUUGCUGGGUAUGUAAAAGAAGUUGAAACGUGUUUCAGCUUAAUGGAAAUUUUAGUUUGUGUAAAUAUAUUUCGAAAAGGAGUAGCAGGGCGUAACGAAUUACAUAAAUAUCUUGUUGAUGAUGAUUACACCCCCAAACAUCUAUCGCAGGUAUGGGCAGGCCACAACAGAAAUAUGAAAACUCUUAUUAAUAAUGUUGGUCAAGCAAUGAAAUGGAUGAAUGACUACUGUACAUAUCAUAAGGAUGACUAUUUUUAUGACAACUCAUCUCUACAAAAGUUGAAAAAUAAAUUGUACAACUUUAAUAGCAACUAUAUAAAAUUCUUUGGAGAACAAUUUGAAGAACCUUCUUCCGAAAUUACUGAUUCUGAGAGCAAAUGUGAGUGGAACCGGCGGAAAGUCGCAUCUCAUAGUUGUGACCACUUUCGAAACAUCUUCUCAUUGGUUGAAGAUUGUUUGCAAGAGGAAAAUGAAUCUUAUAAACAAACAGUUAUACACAAGUUAAAGAAUAGCAAGACACUCUUAAAUGCAAACACUCCAAGAAAUGCAUUUGACUUACACUGUUUAGUUUUUAUCCACUUUGGCUUGUCUAUCAUUGACAAAACUGCACAUGUAGAUGAAAAAUAUUUGUAUGAGUUGAAUAUGGCAUACAUGCAACUAAGCAGGAAUAACGAUCUCUAUCCGUAUGUAGUCCAAUCCAUGUUGAUGUGGCCUCGAGAGAAUAUUGGCCGAAUAGUUUAUGAGGAACACGUCCUCCAACACUGUUUAACCCAGCUUAAGGAACUGUAUGCAAUGAUGAGGAAGAAUAGGCUGGAUUCACUUGGAAAAUACAAACGACUACCAUUAACGCAGUCCCGAAUUAAGGCCACAACGUUCUUUUUCCUUGGAAAGGGUAAGGGGCUACGUGCAUUUAUUCACAUAAGUGAGCUAAAGCUGGCCAGUAAAAGUAAUUUUGAAAAUAGAGACAGGUUUUGGGAGAAGGCGACCGUUAAAAACUUCCUAAAGCGUGUUAAGGGCAUUUUGUGGUCAGCAAACAGCAUUCGUGCAUUUGAUGUUCUAAAUGGCAAUAAAGCAACCAUUGAAAUUCGGCCUUCUAUACCUCUUGAUGAUGUACCAAGUCGUGAAACAGUCAGCUUUUAUGUUGGCUUCAGUUGGUCUGGUCCAGUUGCCUACAAUAUAAGAACACAGGACCAGGAAGAAUGUGGUGAUGAAAUGCAUACAACACUUCAAGCUACAGAAAAUGAAGUAACUCACGAUAAGGACAUCAAAAAGAAAUUCAACUAUGACGAUUAUAGACUUAAUCAUGGUAGAUUGACUCAAAAAUUGAAAGCCAUUAACACUCUAAAACGGAAAAAAGAUAAUGGAGUGGGUCUUCAGAAAAAGCAGAAAGAAAAGAUUGCCAAGGAAGAAACAUACCAAAACGAACUUCAUCAACUGGAAAAAGAAUAUGAAGAUGAACUGACUUCAAACCCUGACUUCUUUCAUGAUUAUGACUAA